ACAGGGAUAUAGCAGCACUGUAUUAUACGUCACUAUACUCCGGGUAUACUGUAUACCGCGGCUUACUAUCACCCUGAGGAGAUGAGAAAUUACUUUUAAGGGGUUUUCUGUCAAAAUGGUGACUUUAUUGUCCAGAAUUACCCAGCAGGACAUGGAAAGUGUGCCGGAGAAAUAUCUGACCAUAGAAGAAAAGACAAAGCUGAAGGAAAGACUUGCCUUACUGAAAAAAGAAUACAAGAAGACCGUCCACCGUUUACAGAAAUCCCAGAGAGCUGAGAGGGUGAAAACACACGUCAAGAAAACUAUAGAAGAGCAGAACCGCUUGCUGAGCCAGGAAGUGUCCAAUCACGAUAGUGUGUCUGUAUUUACAGGUUCUCUAAUUGACACCAAUAAUGUUGCUGGAAAAGUCCUUGAGUCACAAAAUGUCAGCACUCCAUCUGCAGAGAAGGAGAGGAAGCCGGCCGUCAGCUUUAACUUGGACCCAGAAAUUCUUCAAGGCGACAAGACGUCACCAACAUAUUCAGGGAGUGAAAGUAGCGGUCAAGAGCCGAGCGCAGACAGCAAGAUCGAGGCGACUGCGUCCUCUACUCCAAACCAGUGCAGAAGGAGUCGGCUGAGACUAAACAGAUCUGCAAGGAGAGUCUGCACAGAGUCCAUGUCCCCCAGUGUUCAGACCAAUAUUACUGUGAAUAGUCUACAGAAAAAUAUUAUAGAAGCUGCAAGUACAAGGGGCUCAACACCAUUUACCAAAGACCUUACAGAAAAUAAAGCCCCAACGAUAAAUGUGACCACUAUCAAUUCUAAUAAUUCUAUCUCAGAGAAAACAAAAUAUGUACAAGUGUCUCCCGAGUGUGACCUCAGAGUAAAUGUUCUUGUGCAGCAGCAUAAUAAUACGGAGGCCAUAAAGGCUCCCGCGUCUCCUGUGUUUAAAAAGGAGGCUGUCCGCACCCCUGUAAAUGUUUCUUCAGAGAAUAGAGAACGUUUAUACCCUGAGGAGAAGGAAACGCUUGAUACUGGACAGUCUGGGGAAGUAACCACACAUCGUUCUCAUACAGGUAUAGAAGCAGCACACAGUAAUAGAAAUAAUAGAGAUCACCUUGUGGGGGACCAGUUACCCUCAAUGAUGAAGGGCGCAUCUCAGGAUCGGUCAGUGGAUCUCCGUCCUAUACCACAGGAUGCGGAGACCUCAUCUACAUCACCCCCCAGCUCUGAGGACCAUUCAGUGGCAACAGUAAAGUACCAUGGAGCGCCCCCUUUGGUGGAUGUAGAGCGGAGCCCCCUGGACUCUUGCACAUUGGUAGAAGGACUCCUUUUCCCAGUGGAGUAUUAUGUUAGGACAACCCGUCGCAUGACCAGCUUCCAAAGAAAAGUGGACCUUGAGGCGGUAAUCCACAGCCACCUGGGCACAGCUAGGAAGGGUAGACAACGUCGAGCCAGCAUCUCCGCAACUCCUUCCCUGCAGGUCAGUGACACGCCUGUAAGCACCUCCAGGAACAGCGCCGCAAGAUCCAGAAGAGGGCGAGGAAGGAAAUCAUGUCCUGCAUCCGUGUCUUCUAGUCUUCACAACAUAUCCGUCCAGCUGAAAUUUGGCUCUGACCCAAACCCAAUAGCAGAUGAUUCACGAGGUGUAAAAGAAACGUUUGAGGUGAAAGAACUAAGUAUUGAGCCUAAUGCAGAAAAUCUACAUAUGAAAGAAGGUGAGAAGAAGGUGGAAGCUGUGACCCUACAGUCUGAAGGAAGAAAGGUGCACGAUCUAAGAGCGUAUGAGGAUGGCAGCCUUGGGAUACAUAGCUCAACUAAUGAUACAGAAGAGAUUCAGAGGCCUGUAUAUAAUCUCAGGACAUCAAGGGAAACUAAUGAGACAAGUUCGCCUUUUCAUCUUCUCAGUGCCCAAAUUCACCUGCAGCAUCUCUUGCGUCACUUAGACAUCACAGACUUCCAUUUGCCUGAUGAAGACUUCGGAGUCCUAAAACUUGAAAAGCUGAAAUCAGCAAAUCACCUGGAGACGUCUGUCCCCGAGCCAUCCGAAGAGAAGAUAAAAUACAGACGGGCCUGUAGCAUUGACAGCUCAGUCACGCCAGCCUGUGACAGCUCAGCUCUGCUACAUGGAGCCGCGGAGGACUGUACUGCAACUCGGAUAAACUCAAAACUGAUGACAUUCAGCAAGGAUUGCCCAAAUGGUGACCGCAGCCAAGCCCCUUCAGGUGACAAUAUACCAGGUCCUAUAGAAGCCGAUGGAGAUGACAAGGGGGCACCUCAGUCUUUCCUUAGUAUGGAGACCCCUGUGGUGUUUCGUCUGUCACCCUCGAAAGACAACGAUGAGACCUACGCACCAGGUACUCAUUGUGAAGCUCCCCAGUGUUCUGCAGAUUGGGAAACUACUUAUUCCGAUGCUGAGGUAUCCAAAUAUGUCUCACAAGCUCCUUUAAGAUCUUUAGAUCCGGAGCCUGAUACUUCUGCACCUAAUGCCAAUUCUAUAGAACCACGAAGAGAAGGAUUUGUGGUCUCCAGCACAUGUAUGACCUCUUCUCCAAAAAUAAACCCCUCUCCAGAGACCAAGCCACCACCCAACGCCCUGUCUCCUACCAAAGAACUGAGCGUCCUCCUCUCAACCUCCAUGUGUUCGGUGCCUUUAGAUCCCCAUGUGGAGUGUGUCCCCUCAGGAUGCACCCCCGGCUUCCCUAUGCUAGGAGCUACGCCCGCUGUUUUUUCGUCACCUCAGUGCUGCAGUUCACCUGCCCCGUGUAAGGAGCGCAUGUCCGCAAGAACAAUACAAUUCCUUCCAGAGGAGAGCGUGCUGCUGAAUAAUGGGGAGCAGGAGGUCACAGAUACCUGUCAGUAUAGUGAACCAUUAUUACUACCUUCACAGGAUGCUGCGUCACUGUGUUUGGAGAAGAAGCCUUGUAGUCGUAAAGAAUCUGAAGAAAAUGCAAACAAAUCUCAUCAAUGGAACAUAAAGGCGAUGUCCGGAGAAGAUCGUCUACAUCUUGUGUCUGAAAUUAAGGAUACCUGUACAGGAGGUUGCCCAGUAGAUCUCUGCUCUGUUUGGUGGGAAUUCUCUGGCUCUGAUGAUCUCUGUAUAGUAUCAGCUAGUGAGUUCUCUGUCUGCCUUUGGAGACCUCAGGAAGAUUGCAAAUGGAAAUGCGUUCACACGUGGAGUUUUACUGAGAUGCCAGUUAUCCAAAUUCUUCCAUUGUCCCAAGAGAAGAACGUGGUGUGCAUUACUCUGGGAAAUCUAGACAUCAUGGAGAUCUGGGCACUGUCUUCACAUCCAGGACUGAAUACCUGGGAGAAGCAAUUGGUCAAGCGUGGACACACCAAGACCGCCCAGGGUCUAUCCCGGCGCCGUGUGGUCAGCAGCAGUGGAGGAGGGGACAGUCAGGUGGUGGAGCUCUGGCAACUGUCAGAGAAUGGAUGUGUGACUGGUUCUCAUACUCUAGCGGCCCCAAAAGACAGCAUUGUAGCCUUCUCGGAAGUGGACGGUGAAAGAGACGCUCUGGUAGGAUCAACUGUGGACAACAAUCUAGUUCUCUGGAAUUCAGUGACCGGACAUCUCCUGAAAACGUUUCAUAUUGGAAACCUUUGCUCUGACCUCACGUGUAUAAGUGCAACGUCUGACUCCGGCUUGUUGUUUUUCAUCAUUGGCAGCUUGUUCAGCAAACCCUGUGAAAUGCCUGGAAGCUGUAUAUUCCGACUGAUCGCCACCAAUCCUCAGGGGGGUGCGAGCGAUUUUAUUACAGCCUACACACUGCCGGAGGGACACAGCAGUAGAUACCUGGAAGGCGACGUAAAGAAGCAAAGAGCAGCUGCCGUACUGACUUGCGGAAGCAUUGCACUGUGGGAUUUACCCAGAAGCCAUUGCUCUGCCGUGCUCCCUUCAGACUCCAAUACACCCUGGUGCCUCGUGCGAUGGGCUAACAGGCCAUCUUGUUUACUUGCCGGGAGAAAGGACGGAACGAUCUGCGUUUUCGAGUAUUCAGACUACAGUGAACACGCGGAGAUGUUUCGUAUCUAGGGGUAAACCUGAACAAACUGAACCCAACCCGGGCAUCAUGGCCGCCGUCUGUCUCCACUGUAUUUUAAGGUUCUUUGAUGGGAAAUCACAGCCUUUGGCCAUCCGAGAAUGCUGGGAGUUGUAGUUUUGCAACAGCUGGAGACACACUUGUUUGGAAAACAGUCUCCUAUAGUUCUAUGGCAGCUGCAAAACUACAACUCCCAGCAUGCCCAGGCAACCCUAUGCAUAGUUGUAAUUUUGCAAACGCAAACAGGCUUGAUCCCUUAAUAGCAGUGUCUUCCAAACAGCUGUUGAAAAACUACCGCUCCCAGCAUGCCCGAACAGCCUUGGACAUACUGGGAGUUGUAGUUGUGCAAACAGAGGGCCACAGGUUCGGGAUCGCUGCCCUGUGGAGCCUUUUAGUCAGGAAAUCAUGGAUGGUUUGAGAUCAGACAUAGCCAAUGUGAUCGCCUUGUCUUCAUCUUCUUCUUAAAACAGCGCCACCCUGGUCCUUCAGGCUUUGUGCGAUAUUGCAGCUCAGUUCCAUUGAAGUGAAUGGAGCCAAGAUGUAGUACCACAUUCAACCUGAGGACAGGGGUGGCGCUGUUUUUGGAAGAGAUCAGCUCUUUAAGACCCAUUUUAAGUAUGUUUUUUCUUCUGACAUGACGUUUCAGAACUCUCAUCCUUAUUUUAAUCACUUAGUUGCGUUCUGGUUAAAAAUCACAUUGACAAUCGUUUUUAGUUGUGUAAAAGCCUUUGAUGUCUUCCUUUCUUUAGGAUUGUUUAAGAGGGAGAUCCUGGUAUUUACCUUGGUGUGUGACUGGCAUAAAGAUCAGCUUCCCUUCACCCUGUUUUAUGCCAGCGAUGAUCUGUGUUAUAGGGCGGGGUAUUGUAGCAGAAAAUCAGCACCAAAUAUAAUACACCAAAUAAUGUAGAUUACUUAUUAUUGCUGCAAAUACAUAAAGGCAAUGUUUCCCAACCUGUGUGCCUCCAGCUGUUUUAAA